UCUAAUCUCUCCUCACAGCCCAACAUGGCGGCUAUAGUUUUUACAAAAUUUCAAGUUUUUAGAUGUAUCGAGUGUGCAGUUAUUAUCAUUUGACACCCAGAAGUGGUUAUUUUAAACCUACUUCUCACAACAGCUUUGCAUUAAACGUGAAUGCUAAAGAAAGUCGUCAGAAUCCUGGCACGUAAGGGGCUUCGAACAAUGGCUGUCAGAGAAGCAAAUCGUUUAAAAUGCGCAACAUUCAACAUCCUUGCCCCUUGCUACAAAAUUAUCGACAAAUGCCAAUGGCCAUUAUGGCAUACAAAAGAAAGUUCGUGUCCUGAGCAAUAUAUCCCACGUUAUGAAGCGAUCAUACAGUUACUAAAAUCUGAGCAAGUAAAUGCUGACAUUGUUUGCUUCCAAGAGUUCUGGUUCAAAGAUUUUGUGUUCAGCAUGUUUCAUGAGAAACUUGGUCAAAGGUACGAAAUAAUUAAAUUGAAGCGUUUGGGUUUCAAAGCAGACGGAUUAGUAAUGCUUGUAAACAAAAGUUUGAAGGUGAAAUAUGUGGAAAAUAUAUCAUUCAAUGAUGCUGCAUCAAGAGUAGGAUUGUUGGUUCAUAUUGAGCUACUAUCAAAAUAUGAGGUAAUUGUGGUCACAUCACAUUUAGCUUAUGGAAACAGCUAUUGGGAUCAAUAUUUACGACUGACGGAAGCAAAAAAACUUAUGGAUGCUAUUGAUAAAUAUUCGUUAAGGCACAAGAAUAUUCCAGUAAUUCUGGCUGGAGAUAUUAAUGGUCCAGAAGAUAGUCCUGUGUGUGAACGUAUAUUCGAAGAAGACUUUGAAUCUGCAUAUAAAACAAUCCAUGGUCAAGAACCAAAGGUCACACAUAAAGAUCAUUCAGAAAAUUGUGCAGCAGUUGACUUCAUAUUUUAUCGAAGUACACCAACUUGUGAAAUUACACCAAAAAAUUCUGAGCUUUUCCCCAAGGAGUACACCGACAAUGAAUGGCCUUCUGAAUUUACACUUUCUGAUCACAGAUUGCUAACAGCCGAAUUUGAACUGAGGGGAAAAAAUUAAAGAGUUACAUGUCGAUUGCAUGCAUAAUGAAAAUAUUUCUGUAGUCCAAAUCUAUGUUAUAAUUUAUAAAUGACUACAAUGUUUGUUAAGCAUCACAUUUUGCACAUGUAUUUGCUAUACUGCAAUAUAUAUAUAUAUAUAUAUUUAUAAGGCUUAUAUUAUAAUUUCAAGCCCAGAUUCCUAAUAAAAUACUGUGACGCUAAAAUAUAACACAAAAUAAGUGGAAGACUUCAAAAAUUCUUACCGCUCUUUUUGUCAUGUACAUUAGGGGAUAAAUAAUCAUCAUUUCCCAAUAGAUCAUCAAUGUUCACAGGAAUAAGUUGAAACUCCCUAUUAUGAUUGUCAGUUGUCGCUUCACUACUAGAAAUGUCAAGUUUAAAUUCUUUAGCCAAAGGGAUAUUUGUGGUAGGAGUAUCUAAAUGAAAUAAAAUUCUAGAUUUUUCAA